CGAGAUAUUAUUGUCCAUUAUUUACUGACAAUUUGUCUACUCAAUAUCUUGGACCGACCAAAAAGUAUCCAAGUGAUUUUAUUUAGUAGUUAUUUUAUUUUAAAAAAAAACAUGAAGUGCAAAUUAAUAUCCAUAGUGUUGCUAUGUUUCGUUCUGUGCGAUUUAUGCACGAGCAAAACAUUUACGAGGUGUCAACUUUCUAAAGAACUGUUGAAAAUUAAAGGGAUACAGAAAACUUAUUUGGGAACAUGGGUAUGUUUGAUUGAAAAAGUGAGCAAAAGAGACACGAGCUUAUUGACUGUUAAAGCAAGUGGCAAGAAGCUCUAUGGAUUGUAUCAGAUUCCAAAAGAGUGGUGUCGUGAGAAGAAACGCGGCGGACUCUGUAAUAUAUCUUGCGAAGCCUUACUAGACGAUGACAUUAGAGAUGACACGGUAUGCGCACUCAAAAUCGCCGAGGAGAAGGGUUUCAAGUACUGGCCGCAGUGGACUACCAGAUGCAAGAAUGAUAACUUCAUUACCAAUGAGAUUUACAAGUGCCCAGACUUGAACCGCCUAACACCUGAACGAAGUCUCUCAAGCAGUCUAUACAGCCGAAGUCUGCAAUUAAGAAGAAAGCGCUCACUUCGAAGUCCGUACCCCAAAGUCACUCGGUCGAAGUCCAGACACAUUCAUUAAUAUCUAAACCGUUUGUCUGUCUUUAAAAUAAAUACGUGUUUCAAA